AUGCACGCGCCGGCGCUCGCCUGCCCUGCCCUGCCCUGCCCUGCCCUGCCCUGCCCAUGGUAUAUGGCAUGUUGCCGAGUCUGCCCGCGAAGAUGUGUCGGAACUCUGGUCCUCACCCGUCACGGUCAAUCGGAGUGGAACAAGCUGAACUUGUUCACCGGCUGGAAAGAUCCCGCUCUGACCGAGUUGGGCAAGCAGGAGGCCACAAAGGGAGGCCAAGAGCUCGUCAAGGGCGGUUAUACCGACUUCGACCUCGCAUUCACAUCUGAUCUCUCGCGAGCUCAAGAGACGCUCAAGAUCAUUCUGGGCGAGAUCAAGCAAGAGGGCAUUCCCACGAAGAAGGAUCAAGCUCUGAACGAGAGAGACUAUGGAGAGCUGACUGGACUGAACAAGGACGAUGCUCGAAAGAAGUGGGGAGAGGAUCAGAUUCAAAAGCAGCCACCAACAGCCCUCCACGUUGCUCACACUCUGUCCCACCUCACCUCGCGCUCAGGCGGAGAGUCCCUCAAACUGACAGCUGACCGCGUACUACCAUACUACGAAAAGGAGAUCAAGCCCGCCGUGCUCUCCGGCAAGAAGGUGCUCGUCGCUGCUCACGGAAACUCUCUGCGCGCUAUGAUCAUGUCGCUGGAGAACAUGACAGGCGAGCAAAUCGUCAACACUGAGCUUGCUACCGGUGUUCCCAUCGUCUACAAGAUCGACGAGUCGGGCAAGGUUCUCGAGAAGAAGAUCUUGGACUUGUAG